AGCCGUAAAGUAAAGUGGCCCUGGAGUGGCCAAAGUUUCAGUUUUUUCAUUACUGCUGUGAAAUUCUUAAGUGUCAACUCUCUAGAAGUGAUGAGACAUCCAGGGUGGACAAAAAUGUCAGGAAUGAUCAGGGAUGGAGUUUUGUUUUGAUUUGUUUGGUUUUGUUCCCAUCAUCAUUAAAAACAUCUUUAUAAAUGACUUAUAGGGUAGCAAAUCAAAUCCCAAAUAACAACUCCUGAAAAAGAGAAAUGAUCACACAUGAGUGUCCUUUCAUUCAUAACUAUGGAAGUUUUUACUCUGAUGGUGAAGGUAAACUUGCAUGAGUGAGCCAAAACCAAACACCAAAAGAACAAACACAGCUCCAAUGCACACAACAGUCACUUUUACGCACGCAUAUUCUUGUGCCAAAUAAAGAAACGCAGCAACACGUGCCAGCUGUCCGCCUGCACUGAGAAACCCGAGACAGUAACCCCUGAAAGGCCCAAUCCCUGAAUUCCCAAAGACCCCUAAACGCUUCAACAGACCACCACACAGAAGUUACCAGCAGGAGAAGACGAGAGACUAAUAUGUCGGAUAUGAUUUUAUCAUGGUUAAACUUUGCGCACAAGGAGACGCGUUGUUGACGUCGUUUUGUUUGACUUUUAUUUCAAUGACAGCCGCACAAUAUGAAAACUACAAUUUUCGAAAUUUCCCCAAAGAGGAGCUCAUGCCUCUCACCACUGCGUAUGGAUUGGCCUUGGAUCAUUACGCAGCAGAGAGUUGGACGGAAUCGAUCAAAUAUUUGGAAUUGAGUUUGCGUUUGCACCGGCUUCUUAAAGACAGCGUGAGACAUUGCGUGCUGCACUGUGAUAAUAGCAAACAUGAAGAAGAACCGUCCUUUGAGGGAAACCCAGAUCUUCGUGUCUACUGGCACGUUAUGAUGAGAGCGUCCUGUCAGAGGAAGUGCAGAGCGCAUUUCCCCGCGCUGCAGCUUCCUCCUCCCGGCAGAGAGAUCCUGGAGGACUUCAGGAGGAGAUCCCCCUACAGAUAUCUGCACUUUGCGCACUCCAGGCUGAAUGACCUACAGGGGGCUGUCCCAUGUGCCUACACCUACCUCCAGAAAAACCCUGAGGAUCAGGAGAUGCAGCAGCUGAUGAAGGACUACAAGAGUCAGUACGACCUGAGCGGCUACCUCACCGACCAUGAAGAACAACCAUAUGAGGCCUCCUUCCUGAGGGGAGUGAAACUCAUCAAUUCAGGCGACUAUGACGGUGGAGUUGAACACAUGGAGGAAUCUCUGAGGCUGUACCUCCAUGAGCACGACCUCUGUCAGGCAGACUGUGAAGGGAUCGGUCAGCUUUUACCAGACAGCGACUUCUACGCGGUCAUAGCAGAUGUCUACGCUGACAUAUUACGCUGUAAACUGAAGUGUGAAGAAAACUUGAUGCCAAACGUCGGGGGAUAUUUUGUGGAGAAAUUUGUGGCCACUGUUUACCACUACCUCCAGUACGCCUACUACAAGUUGAACGAGGGCCGCAGAGCGGUGCGCUGUGCGUACAGCUACUUCCUAUUUGAACAUGAAGACAAGGUCAUGGAGCAAAACCUGCAGUAUUAUAAAGCCUACGGUGAACAGUGGGGCCUUCAGUCUGACCACUACACACCCAGGAUGGAAGCUCUCAAACACCACAACCAGACCGCCACUCAAAAGCAGAUGCUGAUGUUUCUAGAGAAGUACUUGGAGUUGAACGAUGAGGAUUUUCUUGGACCGGAGGAAGCUGCACUUUCGGCCUCCGAGUCUCCCGAUGUUGAGUUUGAAGGGAUGGGAGACUACGAGGAAUCCUUCUACGCUGACUGGAGGCAACCGAAGGGCAAAGGAGACGCUGGGGAGUCAGAGAGCUGAAGAGAGCUGAAAAUAUUAUUAUGUCUUUGAUUAGUCAUUAGUCAUGUAAAGGAGUGCUGGUUUCACCUUUCAGUUUCAUGAC